AUGAAGAACAAAGAAUCUCCACGAAACCAUCCAAAGAGUUCUUGGAAACCGAAGAACCCAUAUGAGAGGGUUCACCAAAAAAACAAACCGAAGAUUGCCAAGGCAUCCAGAAGAGACGAAUUUUUUGAAAAAGAAGCAAGGUUCGAGAAAUGGAGUUUUUCUGGACCUCUGACUCCAGAUUUCUAUGGACCUCUGAACCCCCCUCGUCAAUGGCCAAUCUCCGACCGCCGAUUUGAUAUGGAAAGAGCUUUGGAAAAUAUCAAGGAUUAUAUCCCUAAAAAGAGAAUUCAAUACAAUACAAAACACGCGGGUUGUGCAAUCUUCAAUGACGCGGCAUUCAAUGAUGGAAAAAAGUUUGUUGAAGCCAUCAAACAAAUUGAAAUUCACGGCACUGUCCCCCUCGGAUGCGGAGACAACAAUGAUUUAUUGCAAAAAGCAUAUGCGGGGCCUCCAACGGAAUCUCGGCUGCAUCUAUACACGGAGGAUGGGGAUGCGAAUACAGAAAGAACCAUUGAUAAGUCGAUUCACAACAUUGAAAAUCACGCUCAUCGCCCAACGCUGUCCGGCAGUGACUGUCAAAGUUUCCUGGCUAUCAUGUGGCCGGUUUCAAAAUACUCCGAUUUGAGAAAAGUGAAAAAAUUUGAAUGUCUCGACGAGAAGGAGUACAGUUUUUAUAUGAUAGCUCAAUACAUCUUCCAUGCCGCUGUCCCAACAAGACACUCUAAGGAGCUGUCUUUCACCAUCCUUAAGUUGGUUUAUCUUUUGGCGAUUCGUGGCGUUUUAGGACCGUUCGACAAUGCAGAGAAAAGAGCCAAUAUGAUCGAAUAUGAUCUUUUCAAUGAUCGUUCUCUGCACACAAGCUCUGACUCGAGUCUGGAGGAAAAGGCUGGGCAAGCCAUUGGAUGGCUUGGAAAGUUCAUGACAAACUCAGGAUUCUCCCCUGGACUCCGAUGCUUCCGUUGGUUCUAUCGAUACGUUACGGAUUCGACGACUGUACUCCUAAACGCAAACAAGUUUCUGGAAUGGGAUCAAGUCAUCACGCGUCACAUUCAGUUUCGAAAAGAGGAGUGGGAUGAGGAGCAGGAGAUUCUGUUGAAACUUCAGAACACCGAUGAGCCAGUCGAUUCUCAAUUCCACGAUUUCUAUGUUCCUGAGGAUGGUGAUUGUCUACCUAUACGACGCUACUCUCUUCCAAAUUCAUCUGAGCCGUCAACAAGUAAUGCUAGUCAACAAUCUGGAUCAAAUAAGCCACGAGAGAUCACCUUCAACGGCAUCCGCGUGGGACAACUUGUUCCAAUCCCAAGGCCACAAGCACCCCAAAAACCUUAUGAGCGUCACACUUAUGAUGAGUUGAAUGUGCGGAUGGAGGAGCAUAAUUACUUGGUGAUGGCCGGUCUAACAAAAAUAAAGAGAGAUUAA